UCCCGAACCACCACCUCGAUUCGAAUCUUUGACCCGCCGACUCGAGGGACACACCGUGUCACCCGAUUGCCAUGUAUCAAACUCUGCGUGGAGAAGAAUUCCGCGUCGUCCAUCUACUUCCCGGAGAAUAUGACGACGAAAUCAGAUGCGUCUUGGAAAUACGACCACCCGACAUCAAGACUGCAUACGAAGCUCUGUCAUACCAAUGGGGCGAUGAUAGCAACUUGAAGACCAUCCACAUCUUGCACUUCGCCGUCCCCCAAGCCCGCCCGACAACAGAUUGGCAAGGGCUCGCUUACGAAAGGGGCUGUCCGUGGUUAUAACACGCCUCUAUAUCAUCUUCGCCUGGUACCACAUCCGCUCAAUCGAGUUUAAGGCUCAACCUACAAUUGGCCAUGAUGGUCUUUAACUUGCAUUUUUGGUGGCACUCCUUUCGAGCGACUGAUGUUGAAGACUUUGACUUUGACGACCGGCAAGUGACACCGAGCCUUGAUCUGGCGCUUCGAUAUCUCCGAUCGUGAAUGGCUUCCCGGACACUUUGAAUCGACGCGUUGUGUAUCAAUCAAAAGGACGAGGCGGGAAAGCGAAUACAGAUUCAACGUAUGCAGGCAAUCUACGCCAAUGCCUGGCAGGUCGUUGUGUGGCUUGGGGGGUAUCAUGGUAUCACUGCUGAGAACAGCGCUUGCAGCGAAGCGGAUUACUGUUUGCAACGCCACCAGCUUGAGAAAGCCUUUUACGUAUGUACUGGACUAGGCAGCUGGCGCUUUGUCUACUCCUGGCUAUUUAACUUGGACAGAGUAUUCGCCGAACAAGCUGUUGCCGGUCUGAUCGACAUCGACAAAAGAGGGUGGUGGGAAAGACUUUGGGUUAUACAGGAGAUGGCAUUGGCCACAGGGAGGGUCCUGCUACAGUGCGGCAAAAGCGUUUGUCAUUAUAACCUUUACUGCGCCAUGAGGCUGAAGAUGAUUGAACGGUUCGAUAACAUGACUGACCUUCAACGCACUUCCGCGGUAGCCAUGCAGACAUUUGUUGAAAUCACAGAGUUAUUUCGUUAUCCGGAAGAUCUGUUGCCUACAGGCUCUCUAAUCAGAUUAUGGCUUGUUCAACUCAUCUCUCGUGCUGCUGGCCAAGAGCGCAGGCAACAGUUCAGAAAGCAGAAGCUAGCACUCAGACUACAGUAUAUCCUCCUGAGGACCAAUGGCCACUUCAAGUGCCGGGAUGUGCAAGAUCGACGCUGGUGGCACUAUGGCUCGUAUACCUGGACCGCCCAGUACUGGCCCAUCUUUCGGCCACAGUUUGUUAUCAAGGACCAAAAGGAAGUUCAUCAGGCAAUUGCUCGCUCGUCCAGAGACAGUCACGAUAAAGCUCAGUUCUUCAUGGACCUGGCACAGUAUCUGGGAACUCGAACCGGCAGACUGUCAAUUCUAGAUUGUGCCAACUGCAUGGCUGACCAGGAUUUCCAAGCGCCCUCCUGGCCACCGGUUUGGACCAGACCUACCGAUGACGAUGUCUACGUAUUUGCAAUCAGUCAGGACUACGUACCUCCUGACAAGUUCCACUUCAGCACAGAUUCAAGAACUCUUACUCUACAAGGACGGACCCGAGGAACCAUCAACGUUGUGCGCAUCACCAACACCUCACAGCCCGAUCACACCCAGCCGCUGCAGCGAGAAUUGGAGAUAUGGCUGUAUCUUCCCAUGGAAUUCAAAAUGACAAUACUUGUCAUUUCUGCUGCUGUUUUCAGAAACGUGUCAGCCACGAGGCGGACCGCUACCAUCGCACUCAUGAAGCGAUGGUUUGCGGUUGGCAGCCCUGAAGGCACCAUCGAACAUCAGAUCUGGACUGUGAGACUGACUGAUUGGGACCGGAAUUACCCGAUGUGUCUGGUAUGGCGUCUUUUCUUCAAGGCCGUCUGGCGGGAACUCCGGCAUGGGCAUUGGCGACGGACAAGGGUGCGUAUGGUGUGGCUCGCCUUCGUCUUAGCAUUGAGCUUCCCAGGUAUACACUACGCGAUUAAUCACCUGGAAUCGCUGGGGGUCAUGUUUCGGAGAGCGAUGUUCUCGAUGAACAACCGCGGCCAAGAUACCACACUGGUUUAUAGCUUCGACGCUAGAGCUGGUGAGAUGGGCGUUCUGAAAGCGGGCGAGGCCGUUCCAGGUGAUCAACUCGUCUUUGUUCCAGGAUGUUACCAUCACUUGGUGUUGCGAAAGCUGAGUGACAUGAAGAAGAAGACGCAGUGGCGGUUGGCUGGCCUUGUUGCUAUGGGUCCCAAGGGUGGCCUCGAGCGAACAGCUUGCACCGAAGCCCAGUGGGAACAGCACGAGAGGGAUGGCGCAUUGCAGGAAUAUUUAAUUAUAUAG